AUGGCUCACGAUCGUUCCUCACCCACGCCCAGUGACGAUGGCGGCAAUGGCACGGUGGUAUCAUCCAUCCAUAGCAAACAGCAAGAAAAUGUGAUCAACAACGAUGAUGAUGAUAUGCAGCAGCAGCAAUCCAAACGUUCAUUCUUUACCAAUCUUCCUCCAUGGGUCAAAAAGCUACAUCUCGGCAUUGUGUACUUUGGUCUAUUCGUCACCAUGCUCAUGAUCGCUCUCCAGGCAACAGUGAUCGCACCAGCCAUGACAAAAAUUGCAACCGAUAUGGACGAUGUCGGCAAUCAAACAUGGGUUGCGACAGCGUACCUUAUUGGCAUGAUCAGUCUUCAGCCGCUUGCUGGCAAGUUUUCCGACAUUUUUGGAAGAAAGCCAAUGGUCUUGAUGGGGUUAUUCUUCUUCAUUGCUGGAUCAUUGAUAUGUGCACUUGUCCCAAGCAUGAAUGGAUUUAUCGCAGGUCGAGCUAUCAGUGGUGUUGGAGGUGGAUCCAUCAUGGCAUGCAUGUUUAUCAUCGCAACCGAUAUCACCCCAAUGAAAUACAGACCACGUAUCAACUCAGCUCUCAGUGGAAUGUAUGGAUUAUCUUCUGUGGUUGGCCCAUUGAUUGGUGGCGCUUUCGUGGACAAUCUAACGUGGCGCUGGGACUUUUGGCUAAACAUUAUCCUCGGCGGAAUUUCCUUCACCAUCCUUGGCUUCUUUUUCCGUGAAUCAAACACGACAUUACGCCAAAACGAGUCGUUAUGGGACAAAAUCAAGCGUAUUGAUGCAUUAGGCACUAUACUUGUCAUUGCUACCAUCUCUUGUCUACUAUGUGCAUUGAAUUGGGGACCUAUGUAUGGUUGGGGUGAUGGCCAUGCGGUUGGUACCUUUGUUGCUUCAGGAGUCUCUUUUAUCGCGCUUGUUUUUGUCGAAGUCAAGGUGGCCAAAGAACCGAUUCUUCCUCCAAGGCUACUAAAGAACCCCAAGGUGCUCGUAUUUUACUUUUAUAUAUGUUGUCUUGGUCUCGGUUUCGUGGGAACACUCUUUUAUGGCCCUAUCACCUUUCAAGCUGUAUUUGGUGCAGAUUCAACACAAUCCGGUAUUCGCUUGAUGCCGUAUAUGGGUGCUCUUAUUGUUGGCGCCAUUGGCGGUGGACAGCUGUUGCAGCGAUAUCCGUAUCCCAAGUUUUACAUUAUGGUAGGCAGCUCAUCUGCCUUGCUAGGAUUUGGCCUCUUCCAAUUGACAAACGAGCAUUCAAAUUGGGGUUUUCAAGCUGGAUUUUUCGCAUUCGCAGGUCUCGGGUUCGGCUUAUCUCAGCAAAAUACCAUUCUUGCCGUGCAAACAGUGGCUGACAAGGAGUACAUUGCUAUUGCUACAGCUUUGGUGAACUUUGCACUGCUACUUGCUCCAUCCAUUGGUCUUGCUGUGUAUCAAGCCAUAUUCUCAGCUUUCAUCAAGGCACAAUUCAGCGUAUUACCAGCCGAUGUACUUGAGGUCGCAAACCGUUAUGGUGUCAUGAAGAACUAUCUAUACAUUCGAAAUUUGCCUGUGGAGUACCAGCCACCCGUUAUCCACGCAUACAUGGAAGCACUCAGUGAUGUGUUUAUUCCACCGAUUGUGGCUUCCGGUAUUGCAGUCAUUCUGGCAGUGUUAGCUCCCAAUGUAAGGUUUGGAGGACCACGUCCGCCAAAGUCGCCUGCCGAUCAGGACCUUGAAGCAUCCAAAGAGAAGCAAGAAGGACCUGCAAGGAAAGAAGAAACAACCUCAUAG